GAAUUAAAAAAACCGGGUAAACCGGUGUCAGCAGCACGUGGUUUAUGUAAAUACAACAGGAGUGAAGCCGUGUCAGUGUGUGUCCUGAUUUUAAAGUUCACACCAUGGUGAUCACAGUCACAGGUGGUCACAGAGACUGACUGUGGAGUUAAAUACAAGCAGGUGACAGCACCGGAGACAUGCCUCAGCUCUCAGCAGCUGCAGUUCUGCAGCUGGCGCUACUGCUGUGUGCGGUGCCUGCGCAGUACUACAUCAGUCAGUGGAGCGGCUCCACGGCAGCGCAGCGGUACCUGGCCACAACACGGUUAAUCAAGAUUUGGAAAGACUGGAGGAAGUCCUAUCUCAGCAGUACUGCAUGGACCGACUGGGCAAACCAGAAGAUGUCAGAUAUCAAGUCUCUGUUCGGCAUUGAAGAGAAAGUGAGCGUGGCCUCACCUUCUUUUGAUACAAUGCUGUAUGAUAACGACAAGGGCUUCUUUGGAGCCUCUAAGGUAGUACGCAGCCCUCGCCCUUCGUACGUGUUUCUCCGGGUUGGAGAGGUGGUGAUGGAGAGGAAGGGCCACAUGGUUGGGGUGGUCGUGAGCUGGGACUCUGAGAUGCAAGCCCCUCCAGAGUGGGUCGACAGAGUGUAUUCACACUUUGAGGGCGGUGCUGCCAGAAAGACACCUCAUUAUAAGGUCCUGUUCAGCGGCCCAGGACCCACCUCUCUGUUAGUUGCCUAUCUGCCUCAAACACAACUGGAGCGAGUCACUGGGACCAGGCCCAACAUCCCCACCAUGGAGAAAUACUUCACACACUUUGAUGGGAAGAGGUUCGUCAUGCAGCCCUGGCUGAAACAGCUGUUUCCUGAAGAUGAAGCUGAGCCUGCCGAUCAACUCUAACUGGAAAAACAGUACAUCUGAUCUUUUUUUUUUUUAAAUAAACCAAUAAUUUAAUCAAC